CAGAUGCUUAUUAACGCCCAUUGCUGAAAUCGUUGCCCUUGGUAGAGAUAUCACAUGAGGAUAUAGAAGUGUGUUUUCCUUUUCUAGUCUGAGAACAUUUGAAAUAUUUUUGGAGAGAGGAUUACGGAACCAGCAACGAAGGACGGGGUCUUCUCGUUCUACAGGUUAUUUGACAAGAUUCACCUAAAGAAACCAUUCGCUUCGUGACGCGUAAAUGCAGAACAACUCUGCACGAAAAGACACACAUCCCAUGUGAGGGGAUAGGAUGGAAACAACCUUCUACCCUGACGAUGUGCUGAAUAAUACUCGAGGAAUUUCAAACAUUUACUCCCAAGACAGCAUGAUGAAGAAGGAUAUCACCUCCGAGGACCAAAGCAGUGCCAACCUGAAGCAAGACCUGCCAGACACCGACGGCAUUCUGAAUACUCCAGAUCUGCUGAAACUGGCGUCUCCGGACCUGGAGCGCCUGAUUAUACAAUCUAACGGUAUGGUCACGACGACACCGACCUCUCAGUUUGUCUAUCCGAAAUCCGUGAGUGAUGAACAAGAAUUUGCCGAGGGCUUCGUGAAAGCCCUGGAGGACCUCCACAAGCAGAACCAAUUGAAUGGGGGACCGUGCUUGCCUCCCGUCAGCCGACUCAGUGCCAGCACCACCAUAGCACUACAGACUGACUUGCCGGUGUACACGAACUUGAACACUUACGGAGGUAGCCCGCUUGGCACUACAGUGAACUAUUCCACGGACACCAUUCCCUUUCCUCCGCCGCCUGCGCAUCCCCUGAGCGCGCAGCAACAAGCGCAGUCGAGGCUCCAGUCAGUCAAGGACGAACCUCAGACUGUGCCGGACAUUCACAGCUUUGGCGACAGUCCACCCCUUUCCCCCAUCGACAUGGACAACCAAGAGCGCAUCAAAGCCGAGAGGAAAAGACUUCGCAACCGAAUAGCCGCUUCCAAGUGUCGCAAGAGGAAACUGGAGAGGAUAUCCAGACUGGAGGACAAAGUGAAAAGCCUCAAAAACCAGAACACUGAACUGGCCUCGACGGCGAGUGUACUCAGGGAGCAAGUGGCCCAGCUAAAACAGAGGGUCAUGAACCAUGUCAAUAACGGCUGUCAGCUACUUCCCAGUCAAGUUCAAGCAUAUUGAGGGAGAGGAAGGCCUGUCCCGCGCUCACUUACUAAGACACUUUCAAGUUCUCCUGGAACCAAAACUCCGAAUGACGUCCUCAGAUGCCUUUUCUCUCUGUCUCUGUCUCUCUCGCUAUACAGCCGUCACGACAUCAUUUCACACCAUGGCCAGAGGAAUUUCACGAACUGGACAUUUCAUUCGUGGUGCUUAUAUGUACAUGAUGGGAAACCUAUGUUUACAGAGCUUUCGUAGCAUACAAAUAUUCUAUCUCAUCUUCUAUGUUAGGAGGGAACAUUCACCAGUCUAUGGACAGUAAUCAUUUAUGUCUUUGAAUUCAAUGACGUGAAUAAGCUAUGAGCAGCUACUUUUUGCAUGAUAAGACAAACUCACUGAGUGCAACUCCAACACAAGGAUGCCAUGCAUGUCGUCCUGGUGUAAUGCCUUACUUGUCUUCGAGAACUUAACCAAUGACAAAUGUGUAUUUUAUAUAUGAAUAUAUACAUAUAUGUUCAAAUAUUCACCCUAUGUCUUAUUUCUUUGAUGUUCUGGUGUGGUGUCUGUCUGUUUUGUGUCAAGUGUUUUAUGUCUUGAGUAUUCAAACUUGAGUGUUACUUUCAUUCAUGUUAAAGGCAUAUACAAAAUGUAAACAUUUCUAAUGAGAUAUUAAACAUCCUGAACAUCUCAGAAUGUGGCUGCCUGUCUAUUGAGUCUACUGAGUGAUGGAGACGGUUAUGGGAUACCUGGGGCAUAAAAGUUGCCUGACUUGUUUUACUUUGUGACUAGGAACACUUAAUAGCCUACCACGUAACCGUUUAGAGAGGGAAUGUGUGAACAUUUUAUGAAAAUUCUGUGUUAUAAAACAAUGCAAUAUUCCAAUACUCCAAAUUACAUUCUAUUGUGCCGAAACUUUUUUAGAAUCUUCAUUGUUCAAACAUUCCUGUCACACUGGCGUGAUGAUACACCUGUGGCACAGGCUUUGCAAAAUUCCACACAGAAAUUAAGAAAGAUGUAUAGAUAAUCCAAUGCCAAUGCAUGCAGUACUUCAGUGAGUCCAUAAGGAAACUACUUGGAGAUUUCUUUGAAGAUCGCCCUCUUAGAAAUAUUAUGGGGGAGGUUUCAUAAAUGUUUCAGAGCAAGUGAUCUACUCCACCCAUGUUAUUUAUUACCCAAUUCACUAUGGUGAGGUUGAAAUCAAAUGAAAUAGGCCUAUGUACGUGUCCUCAGGAGGGAGAGGCAUCUGAACAAAGGUACAAGCGGGGUGUAAUUUGUUGGGGGAUGGGUGGAUUAUUCCCCCUUCUGGUUUUGAUAUUCCCACCUCUGCUGAGUUAUUUUCAUAUCCGGUGGAGGCAAGGAGGACCAUUCCCCCUUCAUACGAAUCAACAUAGCUGUCCUUAUGCUGUUUGAAAUCUGAAGAAACACCUCCACCCCCUUGAUUUUUCAACAUAUUGCACCCUGUGCACAAACAUAGGGCCUUUACACAGCAACUGUAUGAGUCUGCACAUCCAGCAGUUCUUAAUUUGUUUUCAAUUUGUUCACGCAUAUUACUUGAAAAACAAAUUCACGAGGGAUUUAUUUGCAACUUGUCUCUUUGACUUUAAGCAAAAAACAAUUAAAAUGCAAUAUAAACGUAUCUUUAAAUAGACAAGAGCGGUGAUUAAAGCCAAAUGUUGUGCUUAAAUGUUCAACAGCUGAGAGAAGUAGAGGCAAACUGUCUGGAUCCUGCAUCUCUAGUCUUAAAACAGCCUGCAAAAAACACACCAUACUGCAUGACAACAACCAGGUUCAGAGAAAGAAACAGUUCAAUUCAAAUGAAGAAAGAAAGACUGUAGUUCUUCUCAUACAUGUAUACGUGAAUAAGUGAUAUGUAAAACUUAUAUUUCAGCAUCCACUUUCAGAUUGAAAAGGUCUAGUUGAAAAAUGGUCUCAGUAACUUCUGAAACUUUGGAAGAUGGUGAAGAGCAUCUGCAAUUUAGCGAUUGUGGUCACUGACAUAUUUUAGAGCUAGAAACAGUAUCAUAUAAUGGUUAAUAU